AGCCGUUUAAGCUGUAGCCUGUAAAGUAGGAAUAGAUUCUUUUAUUAAAUUCAAUCCCCGGCCCGCCCCGAGAUGGAAAUCUUGUUGAACAUAAGUUAUGGCGCCACCAAUGUGCUCCCCUUGAAUUUUGCUAUUCAGGUUUUGAUCGUUUACGUAUUUUUGAUGCCAGCUGGCCAAAUCUGCUUCAUGUUCUAUGAGUCAGUGAUGCUGAUCGUAACUCAUAUUCACCAUCUUGAAGACCACUUAAAGUUACUAUUUCGGGAGCCAGAUGUACAACGAAGAAUUGUCAGUCUAAGGAACUGCGUCAGCUACCAUGCGCAUAUCAUAAGGAUGGCUGAUCAACUCAAUCGUUUACUAAAGACUUUUGCAGGCCACAUGUCUGCAGUGUGGGCUAUAUGUUUUGGAUGUAUAGGAAAUCAAAUUUUCAAGAGUAAACCACUGGGAGCAGCACUCUACCUUGGAGGCUACAUGAUAGCAUUGAGUUUCUUUGUAGAAGCAGGGCAAUCGCUUCUGUCUGAGAGCGAAACAAUCGCAGAUGAAAUCUACAAGAUUGAUUGGCAUUUGGGAACAGUGGAAGAGCAGAAGAAUGUUAUGUUUAUGUUAGCAAAGGCACAGAAGCCUCUGACCCUGUCUGCUGAGCCAUUUGGAAAUUACCAGUAUUCGUUGUUCGUGUUGAUUGUGAAGACCGCCUAUUCUUACCUGACUCUUCUACAACAAUCUACGUAAAGUACGUCUAUUGAAUAUCUGUCAUUCUUUUGAAUAAAGAUUA